UGAGCAGAUCCAGGCUACCUGCACUGCACUCCAGAAGACUACCUACUCCAAGGUCAACCACCAGCAUCCAGCAACAUGGUUGUCUAUUUAACCUCUGACACCAUUGUGCGGCCAGGCGAAACACUACAUAUCUCUGGCAUCAUUCCUGAAGGAGCCCAAAACAUUGAAGUGGGACUGGGCAGCAGCUGGAAUGACUUGUCAUUCUACAUGGAAGUUCGCUUUAAUAGCAACCAGGUGGUCUUCAACACCAGAGUGAACGGACAAUGGGAGCAUCAGGAGAAUAUACAGCCCAACCCUUACAAUACGGGUGGCGGGUUUGAGGUCAGCGUGGUCUACACUAAGUUUAACUACGUCGUCCUGAUGCCAGGGGGAGCCCGUUUUGAGUUUGGGAACCGCAAUGCCACUGUCAACACGAAGUGGCUAUCUGUGAGAGAUGAUCUAGAGCUCACGGGCUUCACUGUGAAACCCACAGACUCUGUGGGCAGCAGUUCUUGUAAUGUAAAGGCCUCCAAAUAGCUAGUUAGGCUGUGGCUAUGAUACAUGUAUGAUGGCUAAAGUGUUACCUUUACAAAUAAUCAGUGAAAAUAAAUAUAUUGGCACCGUCA